GCCAUUUCUCCACCUUGGUAGGCAGUCGGUUGACGAGGUUUCUGAAGCCGCCUAAUACUUUAGCUACACGGGAAAAUAGAUUUGACGAAGCAGACUGGAUUUUGCUCGUCAUUAGUCAUCAUAAAACGCGCAUACGCAACGGGAGAUUCUUUUAAGGUCUAAAACCGCUAUACUUUCAAGUAUUAUCUACUUACUUGUGAAUUCAUUUGUGUGAAGACGUGUUGCAGACCGCCAUUUUUGUUACAGCUAGCUAACGCUACUGAAGUCUGUCGGGAGUCUUGAUAGCCAGCUAACUAGCUAGACCACAAGCUUUAAAACUGUUGUGUGGCUACGUGUGAAACAUUUACAAUGACUUAUUAACGGAAUCAUCUGCCAUGUAUUAUUCGGACUCGUGAUGUAGACCCGUUUAUUAACAUUAACUAUGGCGACCUUUUCUCUAUCGUGAACUGACAGUGCUUCAGACAGUUAGCUAGCUGGCUAACCUGUUAUAUUGUUUCAGCUAGAUAGCUAGCUGCUACUCCUUUUGCGGAAGAGUGAGCGGAAAGGGGAACUUUAAGGUUAAUGGAUAUUCUCAUGAUUUGUGUCACUAACAUUUUAACGGGUCGUUUUGCUUUUUAAAUCACGUGAAAUCUGCAACCGUUGGUUUGCUGGUGCAAAAAGCAGCAGUCGUAAUGCAACAAAGUUAGUUUAUGCCAGUCGCAGCCUGCCCGUGAAACGUCAGGUUGCGGUUCAUUUGGGCUUUCGUUUUGGCAUUGAAUAGUUUAGUUAGCUAACCUACGUGUUUAGUUAAAAACUUUUAUCCCGAUUUUGCGUAGCAGGCACCUGCAUUAUCGUAAUUUACUGUGCAAUAAUAUAGAUAUAACGUUUGGAUUGUAGCCCCAAUCUAUUUAUUUCAAAACAGAUAUGUCGUCGGCACGGUUCGAUUCAUCGGACCGAAACAGCUGGUAUUUCGGGUCGCUUUCGAGGCAGGAAGCGCAGAGUAGGUUACAGGGACAAAGACAUGGUAUGUUUUUGGUUCGGGAUUCGUCAACCUGUCCCGGUGACUAUGUGCUGUCAGUGUCCGAAAACUCCAAAGUCUCCCAUUAUAUUAUCAACUCUUUGCCAAGCAAGAGGUUUAAGAUAGGCGACCAAGAAUUUGAACAUCUGCCCGCGCUUUUGGAGUUCUACAAAAUACAUUACCUGGAUACAACUACCUUAAUAGAGCCGGCCCCAAGGUACCCCAACACAGCUCUAACCAGUGGUCCUAUUCAGACAAUUGGUGGGCCUGGAGAUGAGAAUCUGGAGUAUGUGCGGACUCUUUAUGACUUCACUGGCAGUGAUGCAGAGGAUCUUCCUUUCAAGAAGGGUGAGAUCCUGAUUAUCCUGGACAAACCUGAGGAACAGUGGUGGAGUGCCAAGAGCAAGGAGGGCCGUGUUGGUAUGAUUCCUGUACCUUAUGUAGAAAAGCUGGUCAGGCCGUUGCCACAUGCUGGGCAGCCUGGCCACGGUGCCCGCAACUCUAACAGCUACGGCAUCCCUGAGCCUGCACAUGCCUAUGCUCAGCCUCAGACACCAUCUCCUCUGCCCCCUGGUACGCCUGGUGCAGUCAUCAACCCACUGCCAUCCAUGCAGAAUGGGCCUGUUAUGGCCAGAGCCAUCCAGAAGCGGGUACCCUGUGCUUAUGACAAGACUGCCUUAGCACUAGAGGUGGGCGAUAUUGUGAAAGUGACACGUAUGAACAUCAGUGGCCAAUGGGAAGGAGAGGUGAAUGGUCGGAGAGGUUUGUUCCCCUUCACCCAUGUGAAAAUAUUGGAUUCCCAGAACCCAGACGAAAGUGAAUGACCUGGUACUUGCUAUGUCGGCGUACUCUCAACCUGCUGGCUUACCCAUGUCUUCACCACGGGAAUUGUGCUCGCCUGCUUGAGGCUCUGCCACAGCAUCUCUGGAGCAAACCAUUUACACGGCUUCUGACUGUUUACAGCUCCAAACUCAAACGGUUCCUAAUCCUUUUCCCUGGUUACAGGCAAAUCAAUAUUUUGUCUGCCCUAAAUGUCCUUUUAUUUCUAUACCAUUUGGCCAUUUGUCCAUGUGCCAAGGUGAGAUGUGAAUGCUGUGGCGCUCUGUGAUGCCUAGUCUUUCUUGUCCCUGCCCCCCUUUCUGUUUCUUUGCCUUUUUGUCCAUUUUUUUUUUUAUCCAUUGAAAUUGUUGGCUUUUGAAAGCUUUGACUAUUUGCAAGCCAAACACUUAUGAGAGAACAAGACAAUUAAAGAACGUGAAUAGAAGUUCUUUAAAGUGAGGAGCAGAAGACGAUGCUUUAUGUACUAAAUGUGCUCUUGCCAACCCAUUACCUGUGUGGCCCACCAUGCAUUUUCCUUUCAUCUCUUUUGAAAAGCCUGACUAUAGUGAGAGUAUAGCCUCAAAGUAACAUGGAUGUGUGAAGUGAGAAGGUCUGAUUGGGAUGAUUCAGUCCUGCAGGAAUAUGUUCCGCUGAAUGGAGAUGACCACAUCAAAUGUAACAUCUGUGUGUGCCAGAAGCAGUCUAAUUGCCUACUUCAGUGGUUCUUUUUUGUUCCCUGAUAAGUAGUGUGUGUGAAACUAGUCUACAGUUGUAGCCUUUUCAUUUGUUCCAUAACACAGAAUCUGUAAAUAUCAGAUGUUGUGUAAUUUGAUGGUUGUGAUGUGGAGGCUUUAACAUUAGAGUGGUGAAGGGCUUAGCUGAGAGGUUUCUUGAAUCUAUUCACGCUAGCUUCUUGAUAUGGGAGUAGGUUUGGAAUAUUAUGGCAAAACUCUACCUAUCUUGGAAUAUUGGGACAGAAUCCUCUACCUAAUCUAUGCUUUUCAUAUAAGCAGGAACAAAUCGCACAAGCAAUCAUGACUGUAGUAUAUGCAACCAUUUGAAGAUUGUUUAAUGAACACUGCUUUCUGCCUUGCCUCUCCCCAACCCAUGUCAGUUUAGUAUCACCUGCUUUAUCAGCUGAUAUUGCACAUCAACAGUUCUCUGCUAAAAAUUGUGAGCAUAACGUAUGUCCUUUGAUUUGUAAGAUUUUAAUUUUAGGAUAAUAUCCCUGGAUUGUAUUUUUUGCCAGCCACCCAUUGAAUCAAGCAUUUACUGUGUGUUUAAAAUAGAGUAAUUUUCUAAGAAGGGAUAAAAUGCCUGCUGGUGGCCUCCAUGCAUGACCUUCUGACCAAGAGGUUUCUCCCCUCUUAUGUCUAUUGCUGCUUUGUCAUCUUGUUUUCCUCCCAGCAUUGAACUUAUUUUUAUGUACAUCAGUGAAGUAAAUCUCUUAAGAUGUGUGUGUGUGUGUGUGUCUCUCUCUCUCUCUCUCUCUUUUCCCACUUCAAUUUUAGGCUAACCUUUGUCAAGCCCAGUGGUAAAAAUAAUUUCGAACACGUUAAAAUUGUUUAAUACAUUAACAGUAUUACCAUGCUAUAGUUUCACAUUGGUAGAUAAGUGGUCUUCUUGGUUCAACAUGCAUUUUUAUUUUCUUUGCCAUUUCCACAUUAACAUUUCCUGUGGUUAACAUCCAUGCUGGGAAUGGCCAAUGUACAGAGUGAGUAAAUAAAAUUUAUGUUUACUUCUCUUAAA